UUGAAGGGAGAUGCGAUUACACAGCGAUACCCAAGAGCACACUGGCGAAAACACUACUGUAGCGUUAGGGUCAUUAUCUAUUCUCAAAAAAUGUUCUGACAACAGCGGAUAUUGUGUUUUUAUUUAUGGGGUAACAUUAUCACCACUUAGAACUCAAACGGUAACCGUUCCCUUUGAUUUCCUGCUACGUGCGAUUAUAACGACUGGACUUGCGUAGCAGCCUUGCGCGCUGCAGGGUCCCAGAGCUCAAACAACAGUUGCUCGGAGAGUCGACGGGAAGAUGGACACUGGUGCAACACCUCCGAAGAAAAGGGUGAACUCGGAGCGGCGUAAAGAGAAGUCGCGUGAUGCGGCCCGAUGUCGGCGAGGUAAGGAGUCGGAGGUGUUCUACGAGCUGGCCAAUGAGCUGCCACUCCCACACAGCAUCAGCUCCAACCUGGACAAGGCCUCGGUCAUGAGGCUCACCAUCAGCUACCUCCGCCUCCGCAGAGUCCUCAAUACUGCUGUAAAAGUGGAGCAGGAGUCUGAGCUGGACAUUCAGAUGAACAGCAUGUUCUUGAAAGCUCUGGACGGUUUCCUGAUGGUUCUGUCUGAUGAUGGAGACAUGGUCUACCUGUCUGAAAAUGUCAACAAGUGUCUGGGGCUCCCCCAGAUUGAUCUGACUGGCAACAGCAUCUUUGACUUCACACACCCCUGUGACCAUGACGAGAUCAGAGAGACGCUCACCCACAAAACAGCUUCCUCUAAGAAAGGGAAGGAGCAGGAUGCAGAGAGGAGUUUUCUGCUGAGGAUGAAAUGCACUCUGACCAGUAGGGGGCGCACUGUCAACGUCAAAUCAGCUACAUGGAAGGUCCUGCGCUGCACGGGGCAAGUGCACAUGUGUGACCUUGUGGUGGGGACCACUGCGGGUGUGAGUGGGAAGGCCUCCGCCACCGUCCCCUCCCUGGUGCUGAUCUGCCAGCCCAUCCCUCACCCCGCUAACAUCGAGGUCCCGCUGGACUCCAGGACCUUCCUCAGCCGCCACACACUGGACAUGAGGUUCACCUACUGCGACGAACGUAUUACUGAAUUGUUGGGCUAUGAGUCAGAUGACCUGCUGAACCGCUCUGUAUAUGAGUACUAUCAUGCCCUGGACUCAGACCAUCUGACCAAGACACACCACAGCUUGUUUGCUAAAGGUCAGGUGUGCACAGGUCAGUACAGGAUGCUGGCUAAGAGGGGAGGCUUUGUGUGGGUCGAGACUCAGGCCACUGUCAUCUACAACAGCAAGAACUCUCAGCCACAGUGUGUGGUGUGUGUCAACUAUGUACUCAGUGGUGUGGAGAUGCAGGAGCUGGUGCUGUCCAUGGAGCAGACGUGUGUCCACCGCGUGAAGCAGGAGCGGGACGAGGAGGCCAGCUGUUUGGCACAGUGCCCCCUGCAGGUGGCCGUGAAGAAGGAGCAGGCCCACGAGACGCAACAGGAGGAGGUGGAGGUGGAGGAGAAGGCAAUGAAGCUGGAGACUCCGUCGUCUGUGGAGGUGCUGAGGGAGGAGUCUGAGGCACUGACCCUGCUAGCUCCACCAAUCACAGGAGACGCAGUCAUCACACUGGAUCUCAGCACAGACUCGGACAUCACUGUCCUGAAGGACAUUCAGCUCUUCAGUGACGUGAUGCUGCCCUCCUCCAGCUCUCUGCUGGCUCCACCAACCUCUGGCCUGUCGGAGGACACGCACUCCCCCUUCCCAGAAUCCUCCACUCCAGACUGUUCCAGCACUGAGAGCUCUGCGGGGCCUUGCAGUCCUCUGGAGUUUUCUGACCUGAGCACAGACUUCAAGACAGACCUGGUGGAGCGCCUGUUCUCCAUGGAGAUGGGCGCCGAUACUCCUUUCGUAACACAGCAGUCCAUGGAUGAUCUGGAUCUGGAGAUGUUGGCCCCAUACAUUCCUAUGGAUGAUGACUUCCAGCUGCGCACACUCUCCCCCACCAACUCCCUCUCCCUCAGCCCACUUAAACUCCAGUCUCAGGCUCCAACUCUUCCACCCAGCCAGCAGGCCUCCACCAGCCCCAGCGAGAUGCCCCUUGCUGGGAUAGUUAGCCAGGUGGAGGCCGCCAAGACUCCAAUUCCACUGGCCUCUUAUGUCUUCCAGAGAUCGCCCCCACUGGCUACCAAGAGUACUCCCCAACCAGUCAGUGUCAGAAACAUCAGCGAUAAGGCCAACGCCAGUGGCAAUGUCCCACUGAAGAGGAAAAUAGAGACUGUCCCCACUUUCUCACAGGCUGUCGGACUGGUGGUGUUAGACAUGGAUCAGCCAAGCAGUAAGAUCCAGAAGCUACAGCUGGCUGGAGCGCAGGGUCUCAACAACACAACUAUACUGUUACUGCCUUCUGACCUGGCCAGUCGAUUGCUGGCUCGUUCCUCUAAGGGCGAGUCAAAUCUUGGGUCACUCCCCCAGCUGACUCGUGAUGACUGCGAGGUCAACGUCCCGGUCAAUGCCCGGCAACACUUGCUGCAAGGAGAG